AUGACAGAGAAGAAAUUUAAUUCUAAAAUGCCAUCUGCUUCGGCCUCAGCUGUUAAUAAUAGCAAUAAUAAUAAUAACGCGGCUGCCGCCAAGGCUGAAAGGGAGGAGCGCCUCAGAUCAGCGCUCAAGGCAUUUGUCCUUAAGGAACGACAACGUAAAAAAGAAGAAUAUGAUGCAAAAGAAGAAGAGGAACGUCUGCGAAAGGAGCGUGAUGAACUUGAUCAUCAAAAUGAUGUCUCACUUGAAGAUACACGUGACAAAAUUGCCAAACUUGACCAACAAAUUAAGGAUUUGCAUAAUCAGAAGCAACAGUUAUUUUUACAGUUAAAGAAAGUAUUAAACGAAGAUGAAAACCGUAAAAAACAACAAAAAGAUAACGAAUUAUUCGCAAUGCAAGCCUUGCAAGCACAACAAGUAAAUGUUGCACCGCCCCCACCACAAGUUUUUAUACCACCCGUUCGUAUGCAGCACCACCCAAUACCCAUUAUACCCAAGCCUGUAGCAAAUCAACCGGUCAAACGGACGCGAAGUCCAUCACCUCCGUCGCACCAAACUUACUAUAAAAAUGCCGCCUAUCCUCAACCGAAAAUCGAUGAUGGUCGUCGUGGCGCUGAAUAUUCCCGAGUUGCAUGGAGUAAACCACCUGCACAGUAUCAAGGACCAGGGGCAUUAUUCUAUCCCGCAACAGGUAAUGCACCACCACCACAACCAGAUGGACGAGGUCCAGCUAUAAUAUACCCAUAUGGCYUACCAAUACGUCAGGGCUUCCAUCUAGAUCUGCAGUCAGCACCUUCUGCACCUGUGUCAAAAUCAGAUCAGGCACCAUCGAAACCAGCACAAGUCUAUCAUAUUAGUUUGGAUGCACCACCCAUAUCACAGUCAGGACCGGUUUCAUCUGUACCGCCAGGUGUGCAAUCGCAAAAACCACAAGUUACAAUGGAGAAAAUCAAUGAUCGUUAUCAUCCUGAUGUAAAGCACGACGGACCACCAAGUCAUGGACCACCACAUCAAUUGCCAGAGGGUGUUGUCUACACACCAAUGAUGCCUGGUAUGACGCUGCAUCCCAACAUUAUGCAAAUUAGUAGCAAUCCAGGGCAGAAUCCCAAAUCAGGGUCAAGUAUAACUCAGGGCUAUGCAACUGGCCGUGGUGCUGCUGCCGCACAUGAGCAUAUGGCGCGUCAACCGCAAAUAAUGCAAGGCCAACCGGGACAGCCACCACAACAACAAAUAAAUUACACCAGACGUAUGUACUAAAUGAUUAACACUACGCUUAAAAUAAGUAAAUCUUAGUUAUGCAUAAGUGUACAAGUAAAUGUAACAAUUUUUAUAAUAUUCAAAAGAUUAUUUGAAACACAAGAUGAAUAAAACUACAUAUGUACAUAUAUAUGAGUACAUAUACAUAAACUUGCAAAAAUGAAAA